CGGGGCGGGCCCAAUUGGCUAGUUGUAGGCGACAUUUUACUAAACCGAGAACGCACGAAGAUGUUGAUUUUCUAGCACAAAGCUGGCGUAUUUUUCGCGGGUUUGUUCGUAAAAGUCAUGAUGUAAGGAUUUGCACGCAGAAUCUGCACCCUAACUUUGUCUAAAACACCCUCAUUCAACAUAUUACAUCUUCACCGAUUUCAGAAAUAGACAUUUCCACAAACCAGGAGGGACCAGCGUUACUUCGUUUCGUUCAGGAGGUUUAUUCUGCUAGGUUUUUACUUUACAGCAAGGCAAAAGGAGAUGAGAGGAAGUUCCUCAUAUGGAGACCGAGACAGAGAUCGAGGACGGGACAGGGGGCCUCGCUUUGGAUCCAGUCGAGUUGCCCCACCUCCACCCAAGAAGUUUGGGAAUCCAGGAGAUCGGCUGAGGAAGAAGAAAUGGGACAUGGACCAGCUACCCAAGUUUGAGAAGAACUUCUACAGUGAACACCCAGAGGUUCAUCAGAUGACCUUUUCAGCCAUUGCACGAGAAUGUCUUGUGUUGGCACCGACGCGUGAAUUAGCCCAGCAGGUGCAGCAAGUGGCUUAUGACUAUGGCAAAUCAUCUCGGAUCAAGAGUACCUGUGUUUAUGGUGGAGCCCCUAAGGGUCCACAGAUCCGAGAUUUAGAAAGAGGUGUUGAAAUCUGCAUUGCCACACCUGGCCGUCUGAUCGAUUUCCUGGAGGCAGGAAAAACCAACCUGCGCCGUUGCACCUACCUAGUGCUGGAUGAGGCUGAUCGUAUGUUGGACAUGGGAUUUGAACCCCAAAUCCGCAAAAUUGUUGACCAAAUUAGACCUGACAGACAGACUCUCAUGUGGAGUGCUACCUGGCCUAAAGAAGUGCGUCAGCUGGCUGAAGAUUUCCUCCAUGACUAUGUCCAAAUCAAUAUAGGAGCUCUAGAACUGAGCGCAAACCACAACAUCCUGCAGAUAGUGGACGUCUGCAUGGAGAAUGAAAAAGACACCAAGCUGAUUCAGCUGAUGGAGGAAAUCAUGGCUGAAAAGGAGAACAAAACCAUCAUCUUUGUCGAGACAAAGAAACGUUGUGAUGAACUUACUCAGAGGAUGCGAAGAGAUGGGUGGCCUGCAAUGUGUAUUCAUGGUGACAAGAGCCAACCAGAGAGGGACUGGGUACUAUCAGAGUUCCGCAGUGGAAAAGCUCCAAUUUUGAUUGCUACUGACGUUGCCUCACGGGGUCUGGAUGUGGAGGAUGUUAAAUUUGUCAUCAACUAUGACUAUCCAAACUCUUCUGAGGAUUAUGUUCAUCGCAUUGGGCGCACAGCCCGCAGCACCAACAAAGGUACAGCCUAUACCUUCUUCACACCUGGGAACCUUCGGCAGGCUCGUGAUCUGGUCCGGGUUCUUGAGGAGGCUAGACAGGCCAUCAACCCCAAACUACUGCAGCUGGUGGACACAUGCCGUGGGGGAGGGGGAGGUGGAAGGAUGCGUUAUCGUGGCAACAACUCAACCUCAAAUAACCCCAACCUGAUGUACCAGGAUGAAUGUGAUCGCCACAUGCGCUCUGUAACCGGAAGUAACAAGGGCAGCCGCAGCAACAACUUGAGCCGUGAUGGAAGGUCAGGUGGGAGCAGCCGUGACGACCGUAUGUCCUCUUCUUCUUACAGAGACCGCAGCAGGGAUGGACGAAACAACUACAACUCGGGACCCCCCUACAACAGUGGAGGAGGUGACCAAUUCCAGAGCUGUGGGGGCGGAGGAGGGGGGCAGUAUGGCUCCAGAGGGGGAGGCUCACAUCCAGGUGGGGGUGCAGGAGGGCAAGAUCAGGCUGGACCUCCCCAAGGUCUGUUUGGAGCACCUCCACCAACUCCUCAGCCUGGGCCAGGUCUGCAACCACUCAUGGCACAGCAGUUCCCUCCUCCACCACAGCCUAUCAUGGGGUUCAUGGGUCCUGGCCCAUACCCAUUUGCCUCACCACCACCACCCAUUCCUCCCCCUCCUAGAAAGUAGCAUCCAGGGGCUUUGCUGUCUUUUCAGUUUUUUCUUUCUUGUUGUAAUAGUAACCUGCCGUUUCCAGUCUGAAGUUUUGAAUAUAGCGGUGUAAUACAUGGUGUGCUCUUUAUUUUCUGUUGUGUUGUGGUAGAAAAGGAUGGCUUUGCAUUAAAUCAAGCAAGUGGUCCAGGGUCUUGAGUGAAGGGCUCCUGAUCCAAUACAAUGCUUUAUAGUUCUGUGGUUCUCAAAUCUGGUCCCUAAAGCAAAACCAGUUAGGAACAAUCGUUAAAUAUCUUGACUUUUUUUUGUGCAUCUUCCCAGGUAAAAGAGUUCAUCUUUUGAUUAGUUUGUCAGUACUUAUUGAGAUUUUAAUAAGAUUUGCACCCUCCAGUAUCAUCAGUUUUAGACUUGCAGAAUAAUUCACAGAUGGAGAUUUUUUUUUUGGUAGGUAAUUUCCAGUUUGAAAGCGAACGUCUCUGCAUCUUACCUUAGCAUACCACUAGGCACUUAGUAUGCUACAGUAUACCUUAACCUAUACUCAAUGCAAACGUUUAAUUAAACCAUUGUAUGCAUUACUAUGUAUGCCUAUGAUCAGGCAUUACAGACAGCUACUAUUGGGGAUCCUGAACCGACUCAGUGGAAUCAUAUUUGUUCACAAGACCACCUCUCUGAUUGGAAGGAACCUGGAAAUAAAUAUAAAUUCUUUUUGUAUAAUCACUUUGUUUUACAGAUUUUAAUAAAAGAGAUCAAUUCA